AGGCGUGUGAGCUGCAAUGUACUAGUAGAGUCAGAACAGUCAAUCUGGUCUCUUUCAUUGAGAGACAAGCUAAUAUAAUUUCAGACCCAAUAUAUGGCAAUAUUCAGGAUUUGAGCUCUGCUAAGGUAAAGCCUAAAAUAACAGUGAGGCCCAAAUCAAAAGGAACCUUUGCCACCAAUGUUAAUGUGAAAUCAAACCAGGAACCUAGAGGCCCAAAUAUCUCAUGCCUGUUCUGCAAAGGGGACCAUGAACUGAAAUCAUGCUCUGAAUCUGGAAAUAAAGUACACAGGGAAAAGAUCACAUUCCUAAGACAGAAUGGAGUCUGUUUUGGAUGUUUAAUGAAGGCUGGGCAUGUGAGCAAAGACUGCACAGGGCAUCUCAGUGGCUCUAUAUGCAAGAAAAACCAUCCUAGUGUACUACAUAUCAAGGCAGAACAGUCAGUGAAAGCCCAUGUGAGUAGUGCGCAGGUGUCGCUCAGAGCUGGUGAGCAUUCUGGGGCUGGUGACAAAGAGAGUAGCACAGAGUGCAUGCUUUCCAUUGUGCCAGUUCAGGUAAAACACUCAAAAGGAAGCAAAGUAAUAUAUACGUAUGCAUUUCUUGACCCUGGUAGUUCUGCAACCUUCUGCACAAAGAGCCUCAUUAGUAAAUUGAACAUCACAGGGAGAAAAACCAACAUCUUGUUCUGAACUAUGUCCCAGGAGAAGCCUGUGAGCUCAGACGUCAUCACAGGGUUAGAGGUCUCUGCUGUAGAUGAAAACAACUUCAUUGCAUUACCAGAGGUAUACACUCAGAGAAGCAUGCCAGUAGACACAUAUAGCAUUCCCACCAAUGAUGAUCUCUCUAGAUUUCCUUACCUUAGUGAGGUGAACAUUCUUAGAAUCAAAGCCGACGUGGAGUUGUUGAUUGGCAGCAAUGUUCCAAAGGCUCUAGAACCAUGGGAAGUAGUCAACAGUCAAAGCGAUGGGCCAUACGCAGUUAAAACCAUAUUGGGCUGGGUUGUCAAUGGUCCUCUAAAUGGAAGUUGCAUGAAUAGCUGUCCUAAAGUCACAGCAAACAGAACUUCUGUUACAAACCUGGAAGAGCUGUUGUUGCAGCAGUAUAACCAUGACUUCAACGAAAGCUCACAGGACAAAGUUGAAAUGUCCCUGGAGGACAAGAGAUUCAUGACUAUAGCAGAAAACUCAGUCAAUUUGCUAGAUGGACAUUAUACUUUGAACUUACCUUUUAGAAGAAAAGACUUAGUUAUGCCAGAUAACCACCAGGUGGCAGAGCAGCAUCUUUCUAGUCUAAAAAAGAAGUUCCAAAAGAAUGACCUAUUCAAAACUGAAUACACAGAAUUCCUCACAGAAGUCAUCAACAAAGGACAUGCAGAGGUGGUGCGACAGGAUGAAUAGAAAAGAUCUGAUGGUAAAGUCUGCUACAUCCGACACCACGGUGUAUACCACCACAAGAAAGGUACCAUAAGGGUUGUCUUUGAUUGUGGUGCAACUUUUCGUGGCACAUCUUUAAAUUCUGAACUCUUGCAAGGUCCAGAUCUGACAAGCUCUCUUUUUGGUGUUCUUACGAGAUUCCGACAAGAGCCUGUUGCAGUGAUGACAGAUAUUCAGACAAUGUUUCAUCAGGUCAGAGUGUCAAAAUCUGAUGUUGACUUCUUAAGAUUUCUGUGGUGGCCUAGUAAUGAUGUCAGUAAGCCUCCAGUUGAGCACCGCAUGUUGGUGCACCUUUUUGGAGUGGUAUCGUCUCCAAGUUGUGCAAACUUUGCAUUAAGGCAGACAGCUAGAGACAACAAGAGCAUGUUUCAUCCCAAGGUAAUAAGCACUAUUGAGAACAAUUUUUAUGUUGAUGAUUGCUUGAAGUCCCUCCCAUCUGAACAGGAAGCAGUGGAGCUGGUCAAAGAGCUUACAUCUCUCUGUCAAAAAGGAGGAUUCCGUCUGACCAAAUGGAUGAGCAACAGCCGAACUGUACUUGCGCAUAUUCCAAAGGAGGACAGAGCCCAUGAGGUCAGGGAACUGGACCUAGACAGAGACAAACUGUCAAUAGAAAGAGCACUUGGAUUAUUAUGGAGUGUUGAGGAUGACAUGUUUAAGUUCAACAUCAUUGUGAAAGAUAAACCUCACACUUGAAGAAACAUGCUGUCCAUAGUGAGCUCAAUCUAUGACCCACUUGGUUUCUUGUGCCCUCUCACUCUACCUGUAAAGUUGCUUCUUCAGGAGCUCUGCAGGAGCAAACAUGACUGGGACAGCAGAAUACCUCAAGCUGCAUCUGACAAAUGGAGAAGAUGGAUCGAUCAUCUUGAUGUGUUGGAGAACUUCCAAGUGGCUCGUUGCGUGAAACCAUCUGGAUUUAGACCACUCAGACAAACUGAGCUACAUCACUUUUCCGAUGCCAGCGAUCAUGGGUACGGCACAGUAAGUUACCUCAGAUUGACUGCAGACAAUCAUAUGGUACAUGUAUCCUUCAUGCUUGGUAAAGCAAGAGUGGCUCCUCUAAAACAGAUGACCAUCCCUCACAUGGAACUGGCAGCAGCAGUGCUGGUUGUUAAAGUUGACAAGAUGCUGAGAAAGGAGGUGGAGUUAAAGCUCAGUCAGUCAACCUUUUGGACCGACAGUCAAUCUGUUUUGAAGUACAUAGCAAAUGAGCAAACAAGAUUUCACACUUUUGUGGCCAACAGAAUCUCUCUCAUAAGGGACAACACAGAUGUAUCACAAUGGAGGUACAUCAGAACCAAACUGAAUCCAGCUGACAUGGCAUCAAGAGGUGUGAGUGCAAGCACAUUGGUCAAGUGCAAGGAAUGGAUCCAGGGACCAGAGUUUCUGUGGAGGACAGAAGAGGAAUGGCCUCAAAUCCCCAUGGAGUCCCUCUCACUCUCUCAGGAUGAUCCAGAGGUGAAAAGGAGCACCGCUGUGUUCAGUGUUGUCAUCAAAGACAAAGAAAAGGAAAACCCAACAAACAAGCUACUGGAACACUUUUCUAGUUGGCACAAAUUAAAGAGAGCAGUGGCAUGGUAUUUAAAAUUAAAAGACAUUCUUCAGUCACUCUUCAGAGUGAAAAGAAAAGAAAUCAAGUCUAGUCAUGACACAAAGUCUCAAACAAGAGCCCAGAGCAAAAUGAUGUGUGACCAAAUACAAGCUUUUAAGACUACACUUGGAAGACAGUCAAUAAGUUUGGAUGAUCUGUUGAAAGCAGAAAGGGCCAUCAUUGUGUUCUGCCAAAGACAGAGAUAUUCAGAUGAAAUGGCAGAGAAGUUAGAGAAAACAUCCUCUACUGGAAAGGCCUUCAACAGACAAAGUAGCAUCUACAAGCUUGAUCCAGUGCUAGAGGAUGGAGUUUUACGAGUAGGAGGGAGAUUGAACAAGUCAGCAAUGCCUGAUGAGGCCAAGCGACCAAUGAUUCUGCCAAAGGAUCAUCACAUUUCCACUCUUGUGCUUCGUCACAUACAUGAACACCUUGGGCACGGCGGCAGAAAUCACAUCCUCUCACAACUCCGGCAAAAGUACUGGAUUGUUAAUGCCAACUCCGCUACUCGUAGGGUAAUAUCCAGAUGUGUUGUGUGCAGACGCAUAAGAGGCAAGAUGGGGGAGCAAAAGAUGGCAGAUCUUCCCAAGGAGAGACUAAGAGCUGAUCUUCCACCAUUCAGCAAUGUUGGACUAGACUACUUUGAGCCUUUUGACGUAAAAAGAGGAAGAAGUCACGUGAAAAGAGGAUGAAAAAGACCUUGAGGCGCUGACUCCGAACCACAUUCUCCUUUUAAAGACUCAUCCUGCUUUCCCACCUGGAUUGUUCCAGAAAUCUGACUUGUACAUUAAACGACGUUGGAAGCAAGUUCAGUACCUAGCUGACUUGUUUUGGAAAAGAUGGACUCGAGAGUAUUUACCAUUAUUACAGACAGAAAUGGUUUACUGUAAAAAGAGGAUUCCAGAGAGGGGAUGUCGUAAUGGUGGUCGACAGCACAGCUCCUCAUGGAUCCUGGCCUCUUGGAAAGGUACUCGAAGUCCAGCCUGACUCUAAAGGACUAACAAGAGCUGUUACACUCAAGACUAAGACUGGUGUCUUGGAAAGACCAGUGACAAAGCUCUGCCUGCUUCUUGAAGGCUCAGAGGUCACUGAAUGAAGAUUGACCUGCUUGGCAAGACAUAAAGAUAAGUACCACAUUGUACAUUCACUCUCAUUUCUUGAUUUUUCUUGAAUGUUUAGAAUACAUGAAUGGCUCCUUAUAUAGCAUUUCUGUUUGUAAUUGUUGCAUAGACACACAAUUAGGGGCCGGUGUGUAGGAGCCAUUAAUUUAUGUUGGUUUAUAAUAAGAACCCCAAAAAGGUAUUAUGAAGGAAUUAUUUAUUUAUUCUGUUCUACAUUUAAGUUGAAAUUAUAAUGGAAUUUAUCAUGUAUUUGUUAUUUAUUGUUUAGUGUGCAUUGAUUAUUUUAUGAGUGUGUCCCUCUAUAGGAGAAGGGGGAAUAAAUUAUAUUUAAGAUGGUGCGGUGAGGCGGGCCCGCGGGAGUAGCCGGGUGCGAGCGGAAACGGUCAUUGACUGUGUUUUGCACAA